AGCAUGUGUGUACUGACAGAGCUCUUCUCCAAUGGGAACAGAGGAGGGGAAGUCGCAACUAAAUCCUCUGACUGUACUACGAAGGUGAAGCACAGCCAAAGCAAUGGAGAGGAACCGCGUCAAAAUGCUCGUUUAAUGUUUGAAGAAAAGUAAGAUGCCCGGUUUCGUGUCAUGCCUUGGCGAUCUAAUAGUCACUGGAAUCAUCAUCCUCUUCUCUGACCACGUCAAAUCAGAGAUAUGGACCAAUGAAGUUUCAGACGUCCAGUUCGGUGGACUGGGCUCCAGGGUCACCCUCACAUGCGGAGGCUCACAUGGCGGGUCUCUGGUGGAAUGGCGGUUCAAUGGGAGCUCAGUACCGCCGUGGCAAACACAUGAGGGCUCGCUUACACUACUGAACACCACACACUCAAUGGAAGGAAACUACAGCUGCCAUGAUGAACGAGGAACUUUACUGCAGUCCAUCAAACUACGCCUGGGCCAUCCGCCUCAUUUCGUCAGUGUUUCUUGCCAUAUGCCGAAUCAUAUGAAAAUCUACUGCUCCUGGGUACAAACUAAGACAACAGAUCUGCCCACAAUGUACAGAACCUCCUACAGUGUUAAAGGCAAAUUCGAACCCUGCGAGCAGGAGCAUAUUGGCAUGAAUGAGUGCACGAUUACUAACCCACCGUUCUGGAGUUCCUCGAAGGUCCUUGUAAACAUCACAGAAAUCAACCCCCUGGGAUCCAACUCCACCAUUAUCCAAAUAGAUACUCAUGAACUCUUAAAACCUGAUCCUCCGGAGGAUGUUCAAGUUCUUCACGUGGAAGGUCAGCCCACACAGUUAUUGGUCAAAUGGAAUUGGCCUUCAUCCUGGGCGGCUGAAAUCAUGCACGCUUUUCCCUUAACAUUCUUACUGCGCUACCGGCCGAUUGGCUCCAACUACUGGUCAAUGCUGGAGACUGAGAACACAAGUCUAAAGAUCAUGGACGCUCUGGUGGGUCACCUGCAUCAGAUCCAGAUCAGAGCUCAGGAUGCCCUGAUCAACCACAGCCAGUGGAGUGAAUGGAGUCAUGUGGUGGAUGCCCGCCCGUGGAUUGGUCAGAAGCCUUGGGAAGAGCCAACAGAAUCAAUUAUUUGUUGCUUUCCAAGUUUCGAUACGCCAUUUCCAGUGAGGACAACAGACAAAUCCCCAGAUUCAUCAUUACAUCAAAACGGAAGCCUCGGACUGUUGGUUUUGUUGGGGCUGUUUGCAGCGGUCAUGGUGGCUGUGUUAUUAACUAUCAUCGUGCUUCUAUGGGUGAGGCAAAGGAAACAAGACAAUGUGAAGAAACAGGAACUGACUUCCAUGGUGAAGAUGAAGUCCAUACCGAUCUAAAAUUUGAGAAGUUGGCCGCUCCAGUUCGGCCCUCAUAGGGCAUCAGUAUAGGGAAUCACCACCACUACCACUGCGGCUGACAGACUCCAUUUCCCACAAUCCACCUCUCCUCUCAGCGGAGUCCCGUGAACUGUGAACAUGUACAGUCUACAAUGUAGCACAAUGCAACGGAAAAACAUAAGGAUGUCUUUCUUUCUUUACUUUCUUCUGCUCACGGCAAAUUCUUGGCCAAUGAAAAACAUAUUUUUGUAUUAUUCCUUCUUCCCGAUAUUCCCCCCUCUCCACUGGUGACACAUUGAAUGCUGUGAAAAGGCUUGGCUUUGUGUGCAGCAUACGGGGCAUUAUGGAGUAAGUGGCUUUGUCAAUGUUUCAGUCCUCUAACUCGCUCAUCUGGCAAAAAAAGACACUCUGUAACCUUUAGACAGCUGCUAUCUUUGGAAGACAGAAAGUCAGCACUCCAGUGAUGGACACGGUGGUCUUUCUUUGGAGACACAAAGACGGCUUUGUCUUUAUUCCUGCAAAAUUUCUUCUCACAAAACGAAGUUCAUAACAGGUGGACGCAUCUGUAGUUGAUUGUUCUCGUCUGGUUAGUUUCCAACCAGAUGUGGCAUCUAAAGCAUCAAGUUCUCGGUAAUAAACUCCCGUAAAAUGCAUUUCAUCAUGACAGCAGCCUCAAAAUUCAUGUCUUGAAAGUUUACGCCAGCAACGAUUAGAAACUUUCUGUGAACUGGUGUUCAACAAAAAAAGGACCUUCAAUGCAAUGAAUGCAUUUAAUCUCUCUGCAUUGAAUCGAGACAUGAAUGUAAAUCAGUCUUACAAUGUCACUUAUACACAUUCGUAAGGUGAUUAAAGCUGAUUGUUUCUGUUGAAGCUAAUAGAUAUUCACAAUAUUAAAUUCUAUUGAAGCUCAUAUAAAGUUAUAUUGUUUGUUAUACAUUUAUGCAGUUAUAUUGUAUAAUAGUUUCUACACAGCAUACUGUUCUGUUGUACAUUGCUCUCCAGUGACAUAAAGCUCAAUGCAUGCAUUUAUUUUGUAAUUCUUUUAAAAUAUAUGAUUUUAUUGAAUUAUAAGAUUUUAGCAUACGUAUCCCUCCUAGAGGUACAAACAAAAAUAAUGAACAUUGUCCAAACAAAUUCAUAAAAUGGUUAUUGUGUAUGUAUCAGUUACUAUUUUUAAAUGUUACCCUUGUGCAAUUAAAAAUAACUUGGGCAAUUUUUUACAUUUUUGUACAAAUGUCACUGUGAUAAUUUCUUCUAAUGCCGGGUUCAGACUAGACAAUAUCACAAUCCAUUUGACAUAGGUUGUCAUGGUGAUUCAUAUACAACAAUAGGCGUCAUAAUGCAAAAUCGAUUGUUUUGUUUUGUAUAGUGGAUGAUAUUACGCUGUACCCACAUUGGAUCAGCCAGUUGGAAAAUGGAUGGAUGGAUGAUUCAGCAGCGGGCGCCAUCUGGCGAGACACGGGAAUUCAUUCAGUACAACCUUCACUGUGCAUUAUGGGUAUUCUCUAGCCGUUGAGUCAACAUCAGUUGUACACUCGUUAUUGCGGUGCAUUAUGAGAUUGAAUGAGUGCACUAGAUAAUGUCCACUAUGGUUUUGGACACCAAUACAAUAGUGCCCUAUUCAAGGGUAUGGGGGGCGAUUUCGGACACAGACAAAGACUUGGAUUUUUAAUUUCCUCCACGACAGUUUCUGUCACAUUGAUCAGUUGGAGCACAGAAGCUAUUCUGUACACAGCUUUCAAACAUAGUGAAAUGAAAGAGAGACGAUUGCAUUGGUGCUGCUAUGUGGAAUUAUGCAAUGGAGGAAAGAUUCAUAGAGCAAUGGCAACAACACUCCUGCCUUUAUUAUGUUUCCUCGAGGGACUAUCGCGACCAGAGCUGGGUAGAUUACUUAUGAAUUGUUAUCAGUUACUGAUUACAAAUUAUAUGACAAAAUUUGUAAUCAGUAAUAUAAUCUCUUAGAUUACACAUUUUUGGUAAUGUAAUCUGACUACUUUUGGAUUACAUUUAGAUUACUUUUGUGCUAAUACUUAUUUGAUGUCACAUAUAUUGUAGGAUAAUCAGAUACAAAGAACAAAUAUAGUCCAAAAAUAUAUAUUCUAUUCACUCAACAGAUUCUUUUUAAAGUGCAAUGUAUGGACAGUUAAUACUUCAAAAUACUAACACUAAUGCUAAUGUACCUGUUAGUGUUUGCUGAUAGUAACACUGAAUAAAACAAAAUCACAUCUUAUGAUUUUAAAACAUAUUUACUUAAAAUUAAGUGAAUUUAGAAAACAGCAACAUUGCAAAAACAAAUAUUCUUGUUGUUGCUGAUUUCUGUGCACGUCAUGAUUCCACACCCCUCCCCCUCGCCGCUGGAAAAACUUGAAGAAUCAUGAACGUAUAUAAGCGGCAGGUUUAUUAUGAAAAAAUAUAUAUGUUAAAAAAAUGAAAAUUAGGAGAAUCAGUGAAUUGUGAACAACUUACUGUCAUUGUGUAAAUAAUAUGUAAUCAUGUAAUCCAUAAAAAGUAAAAGUAGUCUGAUUACGAGUAUUUUAAAAAGUAGUCUACUCUAAUUACAAGUACUUGAUUUUUGGAAUCUGAUUACGUAAUCCAGAUUACAUGUAAUCCAUCACUACCCAGCUCUGAUUAUCACGAGUGAAAAAAGAUAAAUGCUGGAGAAUGAUAGUCUCGCGUAGUCAGACCUUCAGACUGACGGCAGAAGGUCUGGACUCCAUAGCAGAUUUUUUAUUGGCUAAGGACCAUCCAAGACGACAUCUGACCAACACGUAAAGCAAUCAAUCACAGUACGUUUUGUUCCGCAACAUGUUUAUGUACAUGAAAAUAGCAUUGAUGUCCCUACAAUGAUGACCAAACAGACCAGUGUGUAAAACUCUUGGACAUAUUUCAAAGAGUCUAUAUCGUGAACUUUACAUACUUUACAUACUUUUGAAAAUCCAGCAUUUAGAUGAUCCUGGUAAGCACUCAUUGUCACAGUUGUAAACACGACGGUGUUCUUCUUCCACGAUGGGGUUUGGCAUCAUGGCAUCUUUGUUUCCAGGCAGACCACUAAAGAUGGCGACACACGUCUCCUGGACAUCCUGUAGAAUUCAACCAAUCAGAUGACGACUUCAAAAAUGCUGGUGUUUCCAGUUAAGUGUGCCAUAUGCUUUAGACGUUCAGCCUACGGUCCGUGGGCGUGACGUCUGAGGCUCAGACUUGGCGAAUGAUAACGGAGGUGCUUCAGCAACCGUGUGCGUGCUGGAAGUAUUAAGCUAACACACCGCUUAGGUAGAGGCUAGGUCCGCCUUCUCUAUGACAUCACACACAUCGUUAAAGACGGCAAGCGAUGAUUGGUCAGGAAGCAAUGUGUAGUCUGACUUGCCUUUUGUCCACGACACGACAGUCGCAUAAUCUGACACAAUGAUUAUCGUAACAAACAAAAAUAUCUAGUCUGAACCCGGCAUAAAAAUGACUGAUGUUUGCCAGAAUUUUUUUUUUUUUUUUUUUUUUUUUGCGUUUUUUCAUGCAUUUUUGCACCAUUUGCUUGUAACCUCUGCCUUUCAUGUUGUUUUUGACCUUUUAACCUUUUUUUUUUUUUGGCCUGUUUCUGUUCCACCAGCAUUUUUAGAGCUGAAAGUGGCUUAUGGGAUUGGUGCUCUUAUGAUACUACCCUUAAAAUAGAUUUUGAUUCUCCGACUUACCUAUGCAUCAUAAGACAUUUUCUAAUGCAAUUUUUGAAAAAAAAAAAAAAAUGCAGAUGUGUUAAGAAAAAGUUAUAAGUGUUUGGUUCUGAGCUUCUGUCAGUCAUUCAUAUUUGAGACUGAGACUCUUGUUUUAAUAUUUAGUCGGUCAUAUAUUCCUUCCUUCCCCGCUUGUUGUCUCGCAUGUUGAGAGUACAUUGAUUUGGGUAUGUUAUUCUAGACUAAAUUUUUUAUUUGAUUUAUAUGAUGAUUAUCAGCAUUCAGUAAAUCGGUGGUUCUCAGCUGGUUUUGCCUCAGGACCCAGAUUUUACAUUUGAUUUGCAAUACAAAAUUGUUUAUCAUACAAAGUAAACAAAAAUGAUUAAAAUCAAACAUAAACUGCACAGGCCCAACAGCACACAAAAUAUUAACAUUUCUGUGCUCUCGGGAGCAAUAAAAAUGAGCCCCUCAAAUUAUGUUUAUCCUAAUUGCAAAUAAACCCAUAUUUUAUGUAGUCUUGGUCAUAUAAUUAUUCCUUUUUUUUUUCCAAAUUAAUGUCUGUCUAAUUUUGCUAGUAUCUAUCGAAUGACAAAUUUACACUAAUUCCAAUCGAUAUGCACAAUUAUAUGGUUUUGUUGCAGCUUACUUUAUGCAUUCAGCAUUGUUUGGGUUGUGACCAGUUGAGAACCACUUCAAUAAAGCAUCUGAACACUGUAACAUGCCGAAAAUAUCUGAUUGCUGUUUAUUUUUAGACCUCUGUCAUAUAACUCCAUCUGUGAACUGACUCUUUAACAGUGUGUUAAUGGCUUGAUGUGCAGUUAUAGUCUCUCCACACUGACCUAAGUCUUGCAUCAGAGAAAUUCAACCUCACGCUGAAGGAAACUAAUGCACGAUUCCAGAAAACCGAACCAAAGGAAACAAGCUAAUCGAUCAGCAAUCAUCUGUUACUGGCAGGAUGGAGAGACUAUAUAAUUCAAGCCGGACAGUUUCUUGGAGAAAAAUGUGUAUACUUCCCGUUUGCUCUUUGCCUUUUUUUUAUAAUGUUGCAUGCAUGGUGUCAAAUCCAGAUGUACUGGGGGGAUGCGUAACAUUGGACUACUGUUGCCUGGGAAAGGUGAACACAAAAGCGUCCACAGUAAAUGUAUAUAGUAUAUUUUUCUGUACAACAUAAGCUGUUUUAUUAUUCCCCUGUUUAUAUUUUUGUGAAAUAAAAGUUAUUUUAUCUGAA